AUGAUUGGUGAUUGGCUUCAAGGGCCAUACGUUUAUGCGGUUUAUAAAAGUUAUGGAUUUGAUUUGAAUCAGCAGGCAAUUUUGUUCGUUACUGGAUUCUUAUCAAGUGGUAUUUUUGGAACCAUUGUUGGAUCUGCUGCGGAUAAAUAUGGAAGAAAAAAAUUUUGUUUGCUUUUUGCAUUACUUUAUUCUGCGUCUUGUUUUAUUGUAUUGUCAAAAGAUUUUUAUAUACUAUUAAUGGGAAGGAUUUUGUCCGGUAUAAGUACAUCCCUCUUGUUUUCGGUUUUUGAAAGUUGGAUGGUUAGCGAACAUUUUUCUAGAGGAUUUUCUCCUUCGCUGUUAUCUGAAACCUUUUCACAGGCAAUUUAUGGAAACGGGCUUGUUGCUAUUUUUAGUGGACUAUUAGCAAAUUGGUUAGUCAAGCAAUUUGGAGUCACGUCACCUUUCUUAGCGGCAAUUGGCUUCUUUGCAUUAGCAUCAUUGGUAAUUACUUUUACUUGGAAAGAAAAUUAUGGAAGUAAAUCCGAUAAGGAUGAUGCGACAGAAGCUUCAUCUUUGUCUCGAGCUUUGAAAGUUAUAAGCAACGAUUCUCGUGUUCUUGCAGUUGGAGCCGUACAAUCAUUAUUUGAGGCCUCCAUGUAUACAUUUGUAUUCUUCUGGGGACCGUUCUUAGAAAUUCAUCAUAAAUCAGAAGAGGCCAUUAUGAUUGGAUCAUUAAUUUAUAAGAACUUGAGUGGUCCCCGUAACGUUCCUUUAUCUGAUAUUGCACAAAUAACAUUUUUAGUAGCAGGAGUUUCAUUAUUAAUACCAUUACUAUAUCCGAACGAGACCACAUUGUUUUGUUUUUUUACUUUAUUUGAGAUGACAUGUGGACUUUAUUUCCCUACUGUUGGAACACUUAGAGCUAAAGUUGUACCUGAAAACUUGAGAGCUACUAUUAGCAAUUUAUUCAGAGUACCAUUGAACAUGUUCGUUGUAGCACUCUUGGUUACUGAUCUAAAAAUUUCCACACGAUGUUUAUUGUGCAGUGUUUUACUUAUCAUUGCUUUUGUUUGGUCUUUUGCACUUCCAGAGGUAAAUAAUUUAUAA